UCCAUUGAAAUCGGUUGUGUGCUGCGCGCCAGUGAAAAAUCCCCAAAGCAAUAUAUUAUCACCGCAAAAAGCGGCUACCCAAACAAAACAAAAACACAGAGCAUUGCCAAAUAAAAACAACAGAGACACAGACAAAAUGGACAGACAAACCGUCAAUUGAAAACAAAUAGUACAAUGAAGUUUUAUUUUUGGAUCAGUUGGACUCUCGGCAAGUAAAGAGAUUUUGUGCGCCCCAACUAAACUGUGAAAAGGAAAACAGUUUCCCACAAGUUUAACAACAAAUUAAAGAUAUAUAUACUCUGAUAUAUAUUUAAUAAAUUUUUGGACUUUGAUCGAAGUGCUCACGUGAGAUGGCCAAGUUAAUAUUAUUGUUAUUAUGCUGCUCCCGUUGGAUUCUCAACUCAAGUGCUCUACCCAUUAUCGAUCCUGAUGAACAGAAUGAAGCUCUGGUUGAGCUGUGUCCACCGGACAGUCACCGGGAUUUCCUGGGAGAUUUCCUGGGAGAUUGCCAGUGUCUGCCUUGCGAGAAGGAUUUCCCUGUUUGCGACAAAGUCUUGGUGGAGGUGGACAAGGGAAAUGGACUGCCCGGAAGCUGUUGUCCUCGAUACGAAUGUCGAGAUGUAGAACCCAUCUGCGAUGAUGCAAAAAUGAGGUUCUAUAAAAACAAGUGCACCGUGUGCGAUCCGUGCGAACCUCAUAUUGUGCAAUGCAAGGAAAUCUGUCAAUUGGAGGAACACUUAACCAAUUGUUUAACCGAUGAUGGAGAUUUCAAAGAACUUUACGAAGUCUGGACCGAGAAUAAUGGAUGCAAAACGUGCACUUGUCUGGGUGAUAAUGAUACAUCCUGUCAAACGCAUCAAUGCGCUCAAGUUUCGUGCACCAAUCCCAUUUCGGUGGAGGGUCAAUGCUGUUUAAUUUGCCCGGAGGAACUGGAUGAGAAUGGCUUUUAUUAUGGCCACUUGCCGAUGGGUGGCACCACCAAGGGUCCUCAAAUUAUGGAGGGAGAUUCAAGUGCCGAGGAGGAAACUACAGCAACAGAAAAUACGACUCUCAUUUCGACUACGAGCGAAACCUCCACUGCAUCCACUGAAAGUUCCACAUCCACUUCGGUUUCAAGCGAUUUAUCCAGUAAAGCUACUAACUCUACUUCAUCAGUGGAGGUUUCCUCGCCAAUUCCGGCUACAACGGAAUCCUCAAGUUCAGCUAAGACGAAUGUGGAAUCCACUACUGAACCUGUCGUAAUAAUAGUUACUUCGGAAUCGCCGGAUCUCAAAGAUCUCACAGAAAUCGAUGUGGAAACUUCAAGUUCCGAUUCUACAAUAGAAACUACAACAAAUCUAACCACAACCAACGAAUCAGAUUCAGAAACUACCACAGAUUCAAGCACACCAAUCGAACCCGUAACUUCCACAGAGGAUCAUAUUACCGAAACUGAUUUUAUUUCUGAGACCACCAAUGACAAAAAGAUUGAGAAACCCACUGAGGACGAGCGAAAUGCAGUGAACUAUUCAGUGGUAACCGAUUAUCCGAUUACCCAUCAGCCAGCCGCUGUUGCUCCCGAAUCCACCAGCCAGGUCAAGGAUCUCGACGAUAGCGAAGACCUCUACAACAAAUCUGCCUUCAAAAAUGAUAUAGAAGUGCCGCAGGAACAAAUCAAAACCGAUUUCACCUGGGUUUACUUACUGUCUGGAUGUAUCCUAGUGUUUGUUUUCUUUUUAAUUAUCUGGGCAUAUAGGAACUAUUUCGAGAGCAAAAAAAUCAAAUACGACGCGGACUCCACAACCACUGUAACCAAACAGCCCCGUGAGAGUGUUGCACUCCUCAAUCCGGUUCGAAAGUGAAAUGAUACGAGUGAAAACGAAGCAUUAGUUGUGAUUCCUGCACAGAGAAAAUCAUAGUAUCAGUUUCAGGUUGCCAUCUCAGUUUAUCAUAAUAUUUAAAAAACAAACGAAAACAAAAUCAUAACAUUUUUGACAUGCCACAGAUAGAAACUAUUUGAAUACAAAAAGAUAUUUUUUCUCUGUGUGAUUUCCACCCUCCCGCAGACUGAUUUUUGAUCUUGAAAUGCUUUCGCCUAGCUUCAGCUAGGGAAAAUUAUACCAAAAUAGUGGAAGAAGUCUGCAUGUUAAUAAUACUUAGUAAAAAGAAAACUAAAUUCGGUGUCAGUCAAGAGAGCAGAGUCAAUUGAUAUCACAGAAUUUAGGGACAAUCCACAGACAUUGAAUGAAGCCGAGCCGAUCGAUCAAUGACGACCCUUGCUAGCUAUUUAGAUUUACGUUAUGCUCAAAUCAUUAAGUAAGGCGAUUAGGUCAAGCGUUAAGACAAACUACGUUAAUGUGAUAGUUUUAAAUAGCUAAAGUGAGUAAAUCAUUUUAGGAACACAAAUGUUAAUGUAAUUGGAAAGUAUUAGUAGGAAACUCUUUAGUUUGAUUGUAAAUUAUGA